AUUCACAAGCACCUGGACUAUACAAUGGUUGAAAAUGUUGUAUGGAAUACAUUCCCUUUCAUCGUUAUAACAGAAGCGCUGUGUUCUAUAGCCUUACUUCACGUCAGCCGGACUCGGUUUGCGGUAGUUUUGACGUGGACGUCAACAGCAAUGGCGGAGGGAGAGGAUCAGCUCCUCCAAGGCAGCUGGGACAGAGACCUCGCUGACGCUCUGGAGUCUGGCGGCUGUGAUCUGGAAACAGUGAGAAACAUAAUCCAGGGGAGAGAGCUGCCUUGCGACCAAAGGGCCAAAAUUUGGAAGAUUGCACUGAAUGUAGCAGGGAAAGGAGACAGUCUGGCAUCAUGGGACAGGUCACUAGAUCUGCCAGAGCAGGCCAUAAUUCAUGACAAAUGUCAACAGCUAAUAGACCUGCAGCCGGUGCCAGAGGAGGAGAAGCCUGCUCUGCUGGUGGAUGUGGAGUCGGUCAUAACGUUUUACUGCAAGUCCCGGAACAUCACCUUCAAACAGAACCUGAACUGGCCAGAGCUCCUGAAGCCACUGCUGAGUCUGCAGCUGUCCCGCAGUGACCUGUAUAACUGCUUCUACGCCAUCAUGAACAAAUACAUUCCCAGGGACUGCGUUUCAAAUGGUCGUCCGUUUCACCUGUUCCGGCUGCUGCUGCAGUACCACGAGCCUGAGCUUUGUUCCUUCCUGGAUACCAAGAAGAUCACCCCUGACUCCUACGCCAUGAACUGGCUGGGAAGCAUGUUUGCAGGGCAGUGUUUGCCAGAAGUGACCCAGGCCAUGUGGGACGUGUAUUUGCAGCAGGCUGAUCCGUUCCUCAUCUUCUUCUUAAUGCUCAUCAUGCUCGUCAAUGCAAAAGAUAAUAUUCUGUCGCAAGAAGGAGAUGGUAAAGAGGAACUCAUACAGAUGCUGGAAACCUCGCCAGCUCAUCUGGAGGUUGAAGACAUGGAGGAUCUCUUCUCCCUGGCUCAGUAUUACUACAGCAAGACGCCGCUGUCUUUGAGAAAGGAUAAUCAGAACCUGUUUGGCAGCAGUCUGGUGGCACUGAAAGAUGAGGAGAUGGACCUGAGCCAAGCUCUGUGCCUGCCUGUCUCGGUACCAGAGAUCCUGCAGGCAAACCAGCUACAGGGGGAUAGUGUGCGGUUCUUUGUGGUGGAUUGCCGGCCUGCUGAGCAGUACAACGCAGGACACCUCUCCACGGCUUUCCACCUGGACUCAGACCUGAUGCUGCAGAACCCCGCUGAGUUUGCCCUGUCGGUGAAGUCUCUGCUGGAGGCCCAGAAGCAGUCCCUGGAGUCUGGCUCCAUCGCCAGCGGGGAGCACCUGUGCUUCAUGGGUAGCGGCCGGGAGGAGGAGGACAUGUACAUGAACAUGGUGCUGGCUCACUUCCUGCAGAAAAACAAGGAGUAUGUCAGUAUUGCAAAGGGAGGGUUUAUGGCACUUCAGCAACACUUGGCAGACAUUAAUGUUGAGGGUCCUGACAAUGUUUAUGUCCACUGGAUUGUGAGCACUUCAGGAUCGAGAGGCAGCAUCAGCUCACCUGCUGAUGGUGAGUCUCCGAACGGCUCGGGCGAUGGGAAGGGAGUGAAGUCCCUGGUCAACAAAAUGACGUUUGCCCUGAAGUCCAGGUCGGUGAACGUGAAGGAGAAAGUGAUCAGCUUCAUUGAGAACACGUCUGCCCCGGUUGAAAGAAUAUCUUUCAAUCUACCUUGGCCAGAAAAUGUGGUUCCGGAUAGGCAUGUGAGUAGCAGUGACAGAGUAGGAAAGCCAUACCGAGGCGUAAAACCAGUGUUCAGCAUCGGGGAUGAAGAGGAAUACGACACAGAUGAGAUUGACAGCUCUUCCAUGUCUGACGAUGAUCGGAAGGAAAUUGUAAACAUCCAGACCUGGAUAAACAAACCGGAUAUCAAACACCAUUUUCCCUGCAAUGAGGUGAAGGAGACUGGCCACAUGUUCCCCAGCCAUCUCCUGGUGACGGGGACGCACAUGUACUGCCUGCGCGAGAUCGCCUCUCGCAAGGGGUUCACCUACAUCCAGUCUAGACAAGCCCUAAACUCUGUGGUGAAGAUCACCUCCAAGAAGAAACACCCAGAACUCAUCACUUUCAAAUUCGGAAACAGCAACUCCUCGGGAGUGGAGGUACUUGCUGUCGAAAGGUACUUGAUACCAAAUGCAGGCGAUGCCACCAAAGCCAUUAAACAACAGAUCAUGAAAGUCCUGGAUGCCUUGGAGAGCUGAAAGGAGGGAACCCCCUGCGUUGUGUUAAAAGAACCGCAAAGGCUCCAGAUUAUUGGAGGAUGUUGACAUUGUGCUCCUCCCCUCCAUCUCGAAUGGACAAAUACUAACACUCAAUGUUAACAACUCCCCCUCUCCCCUUGUCUGCCAGUGGAGUGUGCUUCAAUAGCUGGCUUCCCAAGAAAGCAGUUACUGUGGUAGACCAUUGAGAAAUUAAGUUAUAUUGAUUUACAGAUUCUUAUUUCUACUGUUUCAUAUGAACAGUAUUUUUUUUUUUUCAGAUCGUAAAAAAGAUGCAGUAUAUUAUACAGGUCAGUUUAAGCUUUUUUUUUUUUUUUUUUGUAUGUGCCUCCAGUCUUAAUGACGACGGAUACAGGUGACUUGUGAACAUUCAGAUGCAGGGAGUUUCGAGAAGUCUGGCAGUUGUUUAGUGACGUGCUCAUACUAGUCAGGUUAGUGUGAUCUCCAGGACUCGCAGAGAUUCUGUGCUCGUGAGUUCAUUACUUAGUUUCAUUGCUAAACAAGUGUUAAAAAUGUCAGUAUUGUUCUCAUCCGGCCUUAAUCCAGUAUGAUGUGGACAUACGUUAAUAUAAGUAUACUGUAUAUAUUGUACAAGUUUCCUAUUAACUAACAGAAGAGCAACUUUCAGAUGUUUUGCUUGAAAUGUUAUAUAUAUAAUCUUGUUAGCUAACAUGCAUCUGUCUGCAGCUUAGCUACCAGAUUCACAGGAGGAAAGGAGAAUGUUAACUACUUCGACUUGCGCUUUGUCCCAUUCCUUAGUUUGAUAUUUCCCAAGCUGAAUUUUCUCAUUCCCAACAAACCAUAGAAAUGCCAGGAUAUUGUUGCACUUCCCAAACGGGCUUCGCCUUUAGAAGGUUGGUGGUUAUCGGCCUUCCAAGGAAUGACGUAUUAAGUUUGCAGACCAAAGCAGAGGUUUUUGUUAACUGUCAUUACUAUGCAAAAUAAGCAAGUUAUUUGGUAUGGUAUGUUUGGGUGCUACAGAAGAACGCAGACCCAAGACUCCUGUGUUCUCGUCACUCUUAGCAAAUGUCUUCAAAUUGACCUUGUUAAUAUGCUCCAACUUUUCUAAUCUUCUGUGAAAUGUAUUUAUAGGAACAAUGUUGUUUUGUGGUAACUGCACCUUAAUUUUUGGAAACCCUCUUCUGUAUUUUAAUAAACUAUAAUGAACCAAAA